AUGUCUCAACAAAUUAUAGAAGCUAUUCGCAGCUUGGUGGAUACAGUGUCCCAAUCUUAUAACGAUUUAAAAUCGAACCCAGUGAGUGCUGAACAAUGUGAUCGGUGUUUUAAUGUUUGUCAGGAUACUAUUAACUACUUUAAUACUAUUUUAUUAGAUCCUCAGACAAGUGUGCAUGUAAAACGCAGUGUUAGAACACAGAUUACCCUCCUGCAUUGGUUUAGUGAACAGUUUUUGCUAUUGAGUGGUCAGGUUGUGGGUGGGGAUUUAAAUCAACAAAAUAAUUCUAUUAAAUGGCAAGAUCUUGGAAAUGCCUUUUCAAACAACAUUAAGACUGGUGCGGUAAUCAACCGUACUCACAAAAAUGUGGGGGAAUUUUUUACUUUUUCUGAGAAUAUUGUUUGUGCAAAAGUUCAAGAGAUGUUAAACAAAGUAAAUAGUUUAAAAAUUAAUGUUGAAUUUUUUGGUAAAUUUGAGAUUCCAACCACCAAUCGAGAAGAAGUAAAAUCUUUCGUUACACAAAGUCGCGAAAUAUUAGCAUCUACAGAUAUUGCUGACUGGUAUAAAAAUCACGUGACCAAUGCCUUGAUAAGAAAAAUCGAAGAAUUCUGUCAAGAAAAAUCUGGAUGGCGUUUAUCAGAAAUUUCAAAUUUAGUAGUAACGAUGUCAAAAUAUCAACCCCUUCAUGCUGGAAUUUCAACUUGGGUGAGGAUACCUCAGAAGAUAAUCAACAGACAUGCAGUUUUGAAUAUUGAAAACUUUGAUGAAUACUGCUUCCUCUGGUGUGUUGUAGCUGCUAUUCACCCUCCAAGGACGAGUCACAGAGAGAGAACUACUUCUUAUCCACAUUUUAGUGAGGUACUUAAAUACGACGGUAUUAAUUUUCCUAUUCAAAUUAGAGAUAUUGCAAAAUUUGAAAAAAUGAACAAUUUAUCUAUUAAUGUAUACGGCUUAGAAUCUGAUUUCUCUAGUGAAAAAUCCGAUAAGAAAUCUGAUGAAUGUGUAAUAAUUCCGGUGUAUUUAAAAAAUUGCAUUGACUGGUUUGUGGGUAAACUUAAAAAUUUUGCAAUUGAAGUAGAUUCAUAUUUAAAAAAUCCAAUACCUAUGAAACCUUUGACUAAACAACAAUUAGAAGAACAUAAACAGGCAAAUAUUUGUUAUAUUUGCGAAAAAAAAAUUAUAAAUUCUCAAGACAAAUGUUACGAUCAUAAUCAUUUUACGGGAUAUUACAGAGGACCUGCUCAUUUAUCGUGUAAAAUUGAUUUAUUACCAAUCAAUAAAGAUCGUUAUAUUUCUUUUACUAAGCAUGUUGAAAAAACAUGCGUUAAUCUAAGAUUCAUAGACUCAUUUAAAUUUAUGGCUUCUAGUCUAGAUAAAUUAGCAUCGAACUUAAAAGAAGAUGAUAAAAAGAUAACAAAACUUCAUUAUAAUGAUCUUGAAAAAUUUAGAUUAGUCAUUAGAAAGGGAGUAUUCCCGUAUGAAUAUAUAACAUCGAUAGAUAAACUCAAUGAUACAAAAUUACCUGAGAGGAAGCAUUUUUAUUCGAAAUUAUCCAACAGUAAUGUAACCAAAAAAAAUUACGCAUUCGCUCAAUUAAUCUGGAAAGAAUUUAAUAUAAAAACAUUAGGAGAGUAUUCUGAUUUAUAUCUUAAAACUGAUGUUCUUUUAUUAGCUGAUAUAUUUGAAAACUUUAGAAGUAAUUGUUUAAAAACUUAUCGCUUAGAUCCUUUACACUACUAUACAGUGCCAGGGUUAGCUUUUGAUGCAAUGUUAAAGUAUACUGGUGUUGAGUUGGAAUUAUUAACUGAUUCGGAAAUGAUGCUAUUCAUUGAAAAAGGUGUCAGAGGUGGUGUUUCUCAGUGUACAAAUAGAUAUGCAUUAGCAAAUAAUAGAUAUAUGGGUGAUAAUUUUGAUUCAAAUAAACCAGAAUCCUAUUUAAUGUAUUUUGAUGUUAAUAAUUUGUAUGGUGCAUCUAUGAGUAUGCCUUUACCAACAGGCUCAUUUGAAUGGGUUGAAUUAAAUUUCGAUAUAACUCAGGAAAUUAAUAAAUUUUUGAAUAAUACCGAAGGUUUUGGCUAUAUACUUGAAGUUGAUCUAAAAUAUCCGGAGGAAUUAUAUGAUCUACAUAAAGAUUUACCUUUAUGUCCUGAACACUUUUUACCUCCAGACAGCAAACAUACAAAAUUAGCAACUACUUUGUAUGAUAAAAAAGAGUAUGUAAUACACUAUAGAAAUUUAAAACAAUGUUUAGACUUGGGAUUAAAAUUAACAAAAGUACACCGAAUUUUAAAGUUUAGAGAGUCGCCAUGGUUAAAACCGUAUAAAGAUAAGAAUACAGAUUGUAGAAAGGCUGCAAAAAAUGAAUUUGAAAAAGAUUUUUAUAAAUUAAUGAAUAAUGCAGUUUUUGAUACAGAUAGUCUAAUUUAUCACUUUACUGUACCUAAUAUAUAUGAAAUCAUCAAACGUGAUAUUGCAAAGUUUGAUACCUCUGACUAUCCACCAGAUAAUAUUUACAAUAUUCCAUUAGUAAAUAAAAAAGUUUUAGGAUUAAUGAAAGAUGAAAACAACGGUAAAAUUAUGUCGGAAUUUGUUGGAUUAAGAGCAAAACUUUACGCUUUUCAAAUAUAUAAAUCUAAAGAAGAUCAAAUUCAAAUGUAUGAAUCUGAUGAAGAAGUUAAAGAUGAUACGGUUAAAAUGCGAGCAAAAGGAGUCAAGAAAUCAACUUUGCGAACUAUAACAUUUGAUGAUUAUAAACAAUGUCUAUUCGAUAAUAUAAAAGUAAAAAAAGAUGAAUAUGUUAUAAAAAGUAGAAAUCAUGAAGUUAAUACACUUCUUCAAACGAAAUUAGCUUUAAGUUGGGAAGACGAUAAACGUCAACUUCUCAUAAAUAGUACAGACACUUUACCUUGGGGGUUAUGA